GUCAGAAAAACAACAUGACUACAUAAAAUGCAAAAUGUAUUACAGUGUUUUGAAAAACUUUGAGCUCUCCAGCAACCUAAGCGUUAAUGAAUCGCCCAACAUCGCAGUUGGACUACUGAGAAGCGUGUCAACAAAGUAGUCACACUUCUGUUAUAAUUGAGUUUACUCAUGACACAGGAUGUUUCAUCGACGCUCCUUCAAAUUAAAACAACUUUUGUUUUGUUUAUAAUAAAGACUAGUUAAACUAUCAGAAGAAUCGCCUUGCUUAAAUAAUAACUGUGAAUGAAACAUACAGAAGGGAGACGCCACAUAAUUACUUAAAACACAAAUAUUAAACUGGUGAAAUAUAAGUCAUCAUCGAUUUUGAAUAACCGGACACAAGUUUGCUAAGCGUUAGCUUAACGCCGGCUAGCUUGACGGUAGCAGUACUGGUAAUAAGGAAGUUAAGCCUCACCUUUUGCGGAAAAAAAUAUUUCUCCACAAAUUUGAAGGCAGAGAAGGUGGACCAGAGUAUACAGGUGACAACAAAGCUUGACACGUGCUGACACUGUGUGUGUGGAGAAUGUCGUCGUCAUCAUUAUACUACGGCAUAGACCACAUUCGCUUCAAGAAAAGAAAAGCACGUUUCAGUUUCAAUGAAGUCCACAAGCUGCUGGAGGAAGUGAGAAAGAAUCGUAGAAUUCUUGUGGGUAAAUACAACCGUGGUGUGCCAACAGAAAUUAAGAAAAUGACAUGGACGGAGAUCACUGCGCAGGUCAAUGAGAUUGGAGAGUGCCAUCGUGAAGUCAUGGAGGUUGUAAAGAAAUGGUCUGAUCUCAAGUGUGACACCAAGAGGAAAGUUGCUGCAAUGCAGUCAGGGAACAUGCUCAGCAGGGGAUUCAACUCACGCAUCUCCCGAGAUCUUAAUCACACAGAACGAUUAGUCCUUCAAAUCCUGGAGAUGGAUGACGAUGACAAAGGCAUGAGUGAAUAUGGCCCAUUGGUAGAUGAUGAUGAUGGAGCUGAGAUCGAGGAAGAGGUUGAAGAGGACACGAUGGAACAGCAGAAUUCACCAAAUGGUGACAUGGGGUCUAUGCCUCCCCCAACCUCUGUUACUACGAGAAAACAGUCAGUGAACUGUGAAAAUACUUUUGAUGUUACAGGAGAGUCGUCAAAUGUUUCCUUUGAUGUGCAAUAUGAAGUACCUCCAACAGAAGAAAAUGAAGCUGCAUUCGGAGACUCCGACUCAGAUCAAAAAGAUUAUAGUCUUCCUUCCAUCCACUCAGUAAAUUCCACAAAGGAUCAUCAAGGGAGCAAUGGCCUACAAAAACAAGGACAGCCUCAGACAGCUCGUGAAGCAUCAGCCUCGAUAGCCUCACAUCAGCCCUCCUCAAACAGCAUGCUACAUAAUGCAACGCUGAGCCUUCAGGAGCAGCACGCUACUAACAUGCUGCUAGAGACGGUUUCACGCUCACUGGAGCUGCUGUCUGAGUCGGUGCAGCAGCUAGCCGAGACCCAGCACGAGUUUGUUCGCGAGUCUUUGCAGCUGCAGCGAGACAUGGUGCAGGUUCUCAGAGACUUCACAGGGGGAGCCAUUGCUGUCAUGCAUGACAAACUGAAUGGACGACCAACAUUAUAGCAACCAGGAGUCAAAGCUGUGAGUUUUGUCACUGACUUUCUACAGUAUAUCUUGUAUAUACAGGUUUUUUUAAGUGUCUUUGAGCUUUACUGCUAACUACUGUUAUUUUUAAUAAUUCUUUACAAAUGUUCCUUGACUUUGUUUGGAAACGUUGGAAAAAUGGUCUCUGUGGGCGCAUGAAUACACAGUGAAAGAGAAACCAUUAUUUGCAAAAUAAAUACUCUUUUUUGCUACUGAAAGUGGGAUUCAUUCCACUCACAUUACAAAAGUUGUUCCUCCCACUUUCAUGUUUUUUGUUGUUCAAAGCCAUGGUUGGUUAAAGCCAUUUGCGUGUACGUUUCUGGAAGUUAUCACAUGUACUGUAAAUGUGAGUGGAUUUUUGCACCUGACCAUUAUAUGGUCCUUUUUUUGUAGGCUCCACAAUCGAUGUACAAAUCAUUAAAAAAACAACAACUAGAAACUGAAUACAUUUAUUAGAUUGGAUUAGAUUUUCUAAUUAGAAGGUUUGAGUAUAAAAUAUUCCGUGAUUUCUUUUCAAAUGAAAUAAAAUGUAUUUAACCAGCCUGCAAAUCUGCUGAGGAAAAGUCAUGAUUUUAUUACAUAUUUGAAAUCUUACAUUAAUCCUAAUAUGUGAAGUCUAAAACAUGUUUCUGUGUCAACCAGAAUAUGUACCCAAUCAUUUAUAUUUGGAAAAACUCAGCUUCUCCACAGGUACUGCAAAUAAAGUCUGGAAACACUA